GAAAGGCUGACGUUAGCUCACUUGUGUUGUCGGAAUUUAACAGUGUGACAUCCAGCGGAAGUACACGAGCGCUAGCAGGGUUAGUUGUGUGCAAUUUCACAGGUGAUUCAUCAUUUAUAAUAAGCAAAAAUGUCUUCAGUUGACUAUUUGAGAGAGUUUGUCAUCGAGCGACUAACUGCUGCUGCUGAAGAAAUAUUCGGAGUUUUCGAAAAAACUAUCGUCGAGUACGAGGAAGAGAUCGACCGUCAGCGCAGACUGCUGGAUGUCGUUUGGAAACCUGAAAUAAAGUUACUCCGGAUAGAGCUCCCACAGCAUCAUGUCUCUAAGGAGGAGGAGGAGGAGGUUCCCGCUGAGCAGCAGCUCUGUAUUCAGGAGAGGAGCUCCAGUCUGGACCAAGAGGAGCCGGAGCCUCCACAGAUUAAAGAGGAACAGGAGGAACUCUGCACCAGUCAGGAGGAAGAGCAGCUUGAACUGAAGCAGGAGACUGAUGCCUUCGUGUUGACUCCUACCUAUGAGGAAAGUGACCACAGUGAACCGGAGCCAAACACAGACCACCAGCUCUUCUCUCACACCUCUCAUGUAGCUGAAAGCCAAGAUCAGAAAGGGGGUGAGCAUGGAGACUCUGGAUCAACUAUAAAUACAGAACAAGGUAACAGUGUAAACGCCUGUAACCUGUCAACGAUUCACUGUAACACUCACACAAGUACAAAGGCUUUCAAAUGUGACACAUGUGGGAAAGCUUUUAAAUAUAAGUCAGAUUUUCAAAGACACCGGAUGAUACACACAGAUAAGAAGCCAUAUUCAUGCAACACCUGUGGGAAAACUUUUAUCCGGGCAUCAUCCUUGAACGCUCAUGUGAGAGUUCAUACAGGUGAGAAGCCAUAUUCUUGCAAUGUGUGUGGCAAAAGAUUUAGUCAGACAUCAACACUGAACACUCAUAAAAGAAUCCAUACUGGUGAGAAGGCAUAUUCAUGCAACACGUGUGGGAAAAGAUUCGUUCACGUAUCAAUAUUGAAUGCUCAUCAAAGAGUCCAUACAGGUGAGAAGCCCUAUCCGUGCAUCACCUGUGGGAAAAGAUUCAGUCGGACAUCAACAUUGAACACUCACUUAAUAGUCCAUACAGAUGAGAAGCCGUAUUCAUGCAACACGUGUGGGAAAAGAUUCAGUCGGACGAAACUACUGAACUCUCAUUUAAGAGUCCAUACCGGUGAGAAACCAUAUUCUUGCAAAAUGUGUGGGGAAAGAUUCAGUUGGACAUCACAAUUGAAGAGACAUAUAGUAACCCAUUCAGGUGAGAAGCCAUAACAGCAACACCUGUAGGGAAAUAUUCAAAGCAAUGUUUGAAUUGGAAAGGCAUGAAAGAGUGCAUAGACAAAUUGCUUUCUUUCUGAACCCGAAUGAGGAACCACUUGUGUGCAAGACUUGUGGGAAAAGAUUUAGCUUGAGAUCACCAUUGAAGGCCCAUAUAACAAUGAGAAGCCAUAACGGCAACACCUGUGGGGAAAAUAGUCUUUGGAUUGUUUGAAUAAGUAGUAGUUUUCUAUUUGUACCGACACAAGUGAGUGACCACAUGAAUGCAGCACUUGAAAGGUUUUUCUCAAAUCUCCUACCAGACACAACAAUCCAUAAACAGGACAAACCAUCAACCCCUCUGGACGAGCAUUCAUCCACUUACUGUAAAUGAAUACACCUUUGUAAUAGCAAGAUUUCUGUUUUUGUAUAUAAAGCAUUUCUUAUAAAGAAGAGGUCCCCAUAUCUUAUUGUAAUGAGGUAGUGCAUCGUCAGCAGUGUCACAUUUUGUUAAACUAACCUGCUUUUUCCCUUCAUGUUACUGUAUCAAUCAUAUUUCUGAUAUUUGUGAAACAAUUGCAUAAUUGCAUAGAUAAUUGCAUUUGUUGCAUAGUGAGUGCCUAAUUCCUUUUACAUUUUUUACCUGUUAAAUGUAUUUUCUUUUUUACAAUUUUUGCACACUUUCUCAGUCACAUAAGUUGACUUUGAACUCUGAUGUUAAGGCUGAGAAAUACUACCAUCUACUGGUGUUGGGUCACUUAUGUUUUUUGUCUGCAACAUCAGAUUUACUUUUAUAUUUUUGUGUAUAUUGUAAUUGCAUCAACUCGAUAUGGUUUUUGUUAUUUGGGAUAUUUUGAGGUGACACAAAUACAAAUUGUAGAUUAUAACAGUGUUGUCAUUGAAUCAGCCUAAAUAAUGAAUACAAUGAUCAGUGCCUCAUGUACAGUAUGUAUUCUAAUGACAAAGCUUGGUUUGGCGAUGAUGUCAAAAUACCAGAUUCAAACGGAAGUCUAAACCCAUAAGCACUGUUUAUAAAAGCUGCAGAUGGGUGUAACUGUCAUCGCAAAUAAAAGUAGUCAAAAAAAAAAAAAAAAGUUCUCUUCAGAGGGUUAAGUUAUAACAUGCAUGAGGUGUUUUAAUGUUGCAGCUCACAAACUGUAGGUUAAGUUAAAGUUUGAUUUGAUACAGUUGGUUUGAUCAGUGGAGCUUCCUCAUAUUGAACAAACACGUAUGCAGUGGUUUAAUGUAACUACAUGUACUCUGUAUUUAUGUAUAACAUUAAUUGUCCUCAGGUGGCCAAGAUUGCAUGUACAUUCCGCAAAAUAAAAAUCAAUUUUGAGGUG